CCCAUAAGUUUGUCCUCCGCGGCCACCGUGGGGUCGCUGCCGCGGGCGCGGGCGCCUGCGCGGUGCUGCGCGGUGCGGGAUGGCGGCGCCGGGCGCGGAGGCGGAGGCGGAGGGAGGCUUCGCGGCCUGGCUGGCGGCGCGGCUGGAGGCGCUGGGGCUGGACCGCGCCGUGUACGGCGCCUACAUUCGGGGGCUGCUCCGCGAGGAGGAGAGCGACGAGGAGCGGCUGGAGGCGCUGCGCGGGGUGCUGGGCGCCUGCCUGGAAGAAGACCUCAUGAAUGAUGUUUGCAGAGAGGUGGUGCAGAAGUGGUCUGAGUCUCAGGUUGUGGACACCAAAGAGAAAAAAGAAGAUGAGAUCCAGGCCAUCGCCAGCAUGAUGGAGAAGCAGGCCAGGAUUGUGGUGAAGCCAAAGGAGGUGUCCCAGGAGGAGAGGCAGAGGAAAGCUGCCCUCCUGGCCCAGUAUGCCAACGUCACAGAUGAGGAGGAUGGGGAGGACGAGCAGGAGGCUUCGGCCGCCGUCAGCCUGGGCUCAGAGAAGUCGCUGUUCCGCAACACCAACGUGGAGGAUGUGCUGAACGCCAGGAAGCUGGAGAGGGAGCUGCUGCGGGACGAGUUCCAGAAGAAGAAGGAGCAGGACAAGCUGCAGCGGGAGAAGGACAAGCUGGCCAAGCAGGAGAGGAAGGAGAAGGAGAAGAAGAGGACACAGAAGGGCGAGCGGAAGCGGUAGCUGGGGGCUCCCGGCCGGACUCCGAGGGCAGGAGGCCGUUGGUGUGUUUCGGCAGCGGGAGCCUGGGCACAGCUGGGGCUGGCAGAGAGGCUCUGCAGAAAGGUUUCUUUGGGGUGUUUCGUUUUCCUCUCUUUGUGUUUUUCCAUAGCAGAGAAGACAUUUUUCAGGCAGCAGCUGCAGUGUGCCCUGUGCUUGUGGUGUCCAACGUCCUCUGGGUGCUUGUGGCCAAUGUCUGUACCAAAGAGCUGCUCUUUGGAUCGCUUUGUCCUUCCAGCCCUGCCCACCGAGGCAAAUGGGGAUGCAGGAGAGGGCUCCCAGGCUGGCUGUGGCCUCCCAGCAGCCUCGGUUUGCAGGAGCUGGGUGCCUGAGAGCUUCCUGGGCUGAUCCUGGACCUGCUGCUAUGGGGCAGAGGUGACUUUAUGGCCACCAGCCUCGCCAGGUGCUUGCUGCUGGUGCUGCCAGGACAGCGCUGCGGCUGCAGCCCUCCUCAGCUGGGGCUGCUGCGGCCAGGCAGAGGGAGCCUCAUCAAAUAUCCAUGAGAGCAGCUGGGAGGCUGCACCACCCCCGGGCCCCUGGGACAGCCAGCACCGUGCUGGGUCCUGUGCCAGAGCCCUGCUGCUAUUUUAGGCCUUUGCUGGUGGCUGCUUGUGGAGCUCCCUGCAGUGCUUCCUGGGGUGAGCAGUGGCUGCUGCAGUGCUCCCUGGUGAUCCUGGGGUGAGCAGUGGGUGCCAGGGUGAGUGCUCCAGGGCAGGCUGUCACUGGGCACAGCCACGGCUGCCCCUGGGGGCCGAUUGCUUCUGUCUCCCCUGGAGGGCUGUUUCCAGCCUCUUUAGUGCCCCCCAGCUCGGGAGCUCUGGGGACUGAGUGUGAAGGAGCUGCAGUGUGCUCAGGGGUGCAGGAGGAACCCUGUGCCUCUGGCUGUGUGCAGGUGAGGUGAGCUCCUGGGCACCCAGCCCCCAGCCCACCGCCUGCUCUCGGUGCCAGCCCAGGCCUGGGCCUGCCUCUGUUUCAGUCCCUGCUGCACGUCUGAGUGUUCAUCUUUGGACCUGAACAAUAAAAGUAGUUGGCCAAGAA